AUGGAGCAAGCGAGCAACGCGCAUGCCGAGCUCAGCCUCGAGCUCACCCUGGCCGCCGCCGUGAGCGUGGCGCCAGCAGCGCCUCGCUUCUUCCUCUGCGCCUACUGCGACCGCCGGUUCCUCACCGCGCAGAGGCUCGGGGGCCACCAGAACGCGCACAAGCAAGAGCGCGCCCUUGCCAGGCUCCACCGCGAUGCCGCUGCUGACAUGCACGCCUCCCGGGCAUGGAAGGCUGCUGCUAGGAUGCCCGAGGGGCCCGAGGACGAGGUGCCGGCUGCGGGUGGCAUGGCGCACAAGCGCGGCAGCAGCUGGCCGGAGCGUGACCAGGAGCUGGACUUGUCCCUCCGGCUGUAACCGGUCGGCCGAUCGAUCUCUGCUAAAAUGGUUGAUCCGCAACCCCUUAUUUCGGUUGUAGGUACGUCACGGUCUAGCUACUUUGCGUGGAACCUUUGUUUCAAGCUCGUGUUGGGCAUACUGUCAAAAAGAAACUCAUGUGGGCAGGCAUGGGUU